UAUAAAAAGCAGACACAUUCCCGCCAAUAUGCAAGAGCGGGUGACGCAAAACUAGGGUUUCUCUUUCUGAAUUGCAACCAUGCAACCAACAGCAGCAUUGACCAUGGCGGAGGACCUUACUCAGAUCGCUCACUUGCUCGACCAAACACUCAGCCCCGACGCCAUCGCCGUCCCAGCCGCCACCGAUGCGCUCGAUCGCCUCUCCCUUACUCCGCACUUCCCUUUCUAUCUCCUCUCCAUUUCCACCGGAGCAGGAAAUCAAGGUCAGAAAAUCGCUGCUGCUACCUACCUCAAGAACCUCAUUCGCCGCACCGUCGAUAGCACCGGCGUCAAGCCUUCCAACGUGAGCAAGGAGUUCAAAGACCAGCUGAUGCAGGCGUUGCUUCAAGUCGAGUUGUCCGUUCUUAAAAUUUUAGUCGAAGUGUUUCGCACCAUUGCUGUUGCUGAUUUUGUUAAGCAGAAUUUGUGGCCGGAGCUUGUGCCUAAUUUGCAGUCUGCUAUUCAGAAUAGCCAUCUUAUCAGCGGUUCAAACACCAAAUGGAAUACUGUAAAUGCACUUCUUGUUCUCCAUGCUCUUCUCAGACCUUUCCAGUAUUUUUUGAAUCCUAAAGUUGCUAAGGAACCGGUACCGCCACAAUUGGAGCUUAUAUCCAAAGAAAUUCUUGUGCCUUUGCUUGCUGUUUUCCAUCAAUUUGUUGAAAAGGCUUUAGCAACCCAUGGCAUAGCAGAAAAAAAAACUGAGAAAGUCCUCCUUACUAUAUGCAAAUGCCUACAUUUUGCAGUAAAGUCCUACAUGCCAUCAACUUUAGCUCCUCUACUGCUUUCAUUCUGUCGGGACCUAAUGAGCAUUUUGGGUUCUCUAAGCUUUGAUUGUGUGGUCAAUCAAGAAGAUGAAUAUUUGACAAGAUUGAAGACUGGAAAAAGAAGUCUGCUUAUUUUCUCUGCCCUUGUAACCCGGCACAGGAAACAUUCUGAUAAGUGGAUGCCAGAAAUUAUAAAUUGUGUUUUAAACAUAGUCAAAUUUACCAAAAAUACCAGUAAACUUCCUUUCCUUUCAGAGAGGCUUUUGUCCCUAGGUUUUGAUGUAAUUUCAAAUAUACUGGAGACUGGGCCGGGAUGGCGAUUAGUUUCUCCACAUUUUACAACUCUAUUGGAAUCUGCAAUCUUUCCAGCAUUAGUCAUGAAUGACAAGGACAUGUCAGAGUGGGAAGAAGACCCAGAUGAGUAUAUACAGAAGAAUCUUCCUUCAGAUAUAGAUGAAAUUUCAGGAUGGAGAGAGGAUUUAUUCACUGCUAGAAAAAGUGCAGUAAACUUACUUGGUGUUAUUUCAAUGUCAAAGGGUCCACCAAUGGAGACUGCCACUGACAGUUUAUCAGCUUCAUCCAAGCGUAAAAAAGGUCAAAAGAACAAAAAAAGCAAUCAACGCCGCUCUAUGGGGGAGUUAUUGGUGCUUCCAUUUUUGUCCAAGUUUCCCAUUCCUUCCGCUUCCAACUUGUCUCAAAAGAAAAUCUUGAAUGAUUACUUUGGUGUUCUUAUGGCAUAUGGUGGCCUGCAAGAUUUUUUGAGGGAGCAAGAGCCUGAAUUUGUAACAACCCUUGUUCGUACCCGGAUUUUGCCACUGUAUACAGUAGCUGUGUCCCUACCAUACCUAGUUGCUAGUGCAAACUGGGUACUUGGAGAACUUGGCUCCUGUCUACCAGAAGAGAUGAGUACUGAGGUAUAUUCCCAAUUGCUUAUGGCAUUGGUCAUGCCAGAUAGGCAGGGUCCUUCUUGCUAUCCAGUGCGGGUUUCUGCUGCUGGGGCAAUUACCACACUACUUGAUAAUGACUACAUGCCCCCUGAUUUUCUACCCCUUCUCCAAGUAAUAGUUGGCAACAUUGGAAAUGAUGAGACUGAGAGUGAGAGCGAGAGUUCCAUCUUAUUUCAGCUUCUCAGUUCUAUUAUGGAAGCUGGAGAUGAAAAAGUUGCAGUCCAUAUCCCACAUAUUGUCUCAUCAAUAGUGAGUCCAGUCUCAAAAUGGUUAACUUCCAAUCUGGAGCCUUGGCCUCAAGUGGUUGAACGUGCAAUUGCUGCUCUGGCAGUUAUGGGUCAGACUUGGGAAGACUCCAGGCCUGAAGAAUCUGAGUCAGAUGAGUCUCGUCAAAAUUGGGCUUUGGGUCAAGUGGCAAUUGCUAGAGCUUUUGCUGCACUCUUGCAGCAGGCUUGGCUUACCCCUCUGUGCACACUGGAUCAACAAGAUCAGCAGGCUCCCCCCUCAUCAUGCAUUGAAGAUUUGUCAACUUUGCUACAGUCUGUCUUGCUAUCUAUUGAUGAAAAUCACAUGAUUCAAGAGCUUAAAGUAUCAGAACUGCUGUCAGUUUGGUCUGAAAUGAUUGCAGAGUGGCAUGCAUGGGAGGAAUCAGAGGAUUUAUCGAUUUUUGAGGUGAUUAAGGAAAUUGUGAAUUUAGAUUGCAGAUAUAAGCUGAAAAACUUUGUUGUAAAAGAGAUGCCACCCCUUCCAGCUCCACCCGUUCCUGAACGUUCAAUUGUAGAGGGCAUUGGUGCUUUCAUCAGUGAGGCAAUUAAGCAAUAUCCUUCUGCAACAUUGAGAGCUUGCUCAUGUGUCCAUAUAUUAUUACAUUGUCCAACCUUCUCACCUGAAACUGAAGGUGUAAAGCAGUCAUUGGCUAUUGUUUUUAGUCAGACAGCCUUCUCUCGCUUUAUAGAAGUUCAAAGCACACCCAAUGCACUUUGGAAGCCUCUAUUGCUUGCUAUAUCUUCGUGCUAUUUGUGUUAUCCUGAUAUAGUAGAAGGUAUUCUGGAAAAGGGCAAACACGGAGGCUUCAAAAUUUGGGCAUCUGCUUUGUGUCAUGUAUCCAAUAGAUCUUUUGAGCCUGGUCUGACGGCAGAGGCUGAGAUGAAGUUAAUUGUGAUGACAUUGGCCCGAUUGAUUGAGCAACUUCUCAAACAAGGGAACUCAGGCGAUGAAAUUCAAAACUGCUUUACUUCACUGUUGGAGGUAUCCGUUCGAUUGAAAGAAGCACAUGAUGGGAAAGAAGAUGAACAAGGAUCUGAUAAUGAUGAAAACGAAGAUGAUGAGGACGAGGACGAGGACAGUGACGAUGAUUAUGAUGAGGAUUCUGGGAGUGAGGAAUACGAAGAAACAGAAGAAGAAUUUCUUAAUAGGUAUGCUAAAGCUGCUGAGGCAUUGGAAAAUGGUUCAGCUAUUAUUGAAGAGGGGGAUGAUGAAGAUCAAGAACUGGGGCUGGAAUUAGGUCAAUUAAUAGACGUUGAUGAACAAAAUGUAUUAUUGUCCUUGAUAGACAAGUACCACCAUGUGCUCACACGAGGGCUAGUUUUGCCAUCGGAGCUCGUCAUGAAUUUUCUGAAUGCCUUCCCCGGGUACGGUUCAUACUUCCAGCAAUACAGAUAACCAUCGACCAUCGUUUGUUUAUGUUGUAUUGUCAAGGUUGUGUGCAAAUGACAAAUUUUCAUUUAUUCAAGAAAAGUCGGGGGUUGAGAGAUGUGUGUAUAGAGGAUACAAAUUUUUUUAUUUUUUUUUGGGGGGUGGGGCGCGGGGUUUCUGGAAAUAUCUAGUUGCUAUUCGUUGAUUUGCAUAAUUCUUUGAAUUGGGGAAGGGAAGCAAGGCGUUAUUUACAACGUCGAGGUUUCAAAUGAGUUGAGGCAGCGUGUAUACGUGGAGCUGCGAAAAUAUACUGUUGAACAACUUUUCAGAUUUGAGUCGUUAGUGGUUUGUGCUGUGGCGUGUAUGAAAGGAAUUGGAUCUUGUAGAGUUUAAAAUUAAAUUGCAAUUAUAAUCGAGGUACUUAGAGUUUUGAAAAACAAUCAUGUUUAUUUUAAUGGAAAAAGGAAUAUUUUCAAGUGUUUA